AUGGCCGCCACUACGAUCCCCCGCAUCAAGAAAAGGACAAAGCCUUUCAUGUCAGUGUCAUCGGGGUAUAUGAGGGUUAAAUGAAGCCAUGGCUGACGAUUGCAUUGAUCACUCUCACCCACGCUGGCCCUACCUUUCGCACGACGCUCACACGACGCAUUCGCCCUCGCCCUCGCCCUCGCCCUCGCCCUCGCCCUCGCCCACCACCCUCCACACUACGACAAUCUCGCUCAUUCGCACUCGAACACCGGAUUGGACCAUUUGCAUAUUGUAUAUGGAUCGUUUCUAUCGCCCUUCUUUAGCCGCCACCAAUCGGAUCGCUAUGCCGGUGUCAAGGCAGCAUGGCGCAAGCCCAAGGGUGCGUGCAAUCAGCGGAAGCCACCACGACAGACGAAGAGUGUCGCGUGGCCCAUAGGACGGACCGUGGGCUAGAAAGAACAUGCGGUACUGAUGAUGCCGGGUAUUUUGUGAUGGCAUUUAGGUAUUGACAACCGAGUCCGACGUCGUUUCAAGGGUCAACUCCCCAUGCCCAAGAUCGGGUCAGUAAACCCUCUCACCGAAGAGAUGUCCAGACCAACCCGGAAGCUGACCUACCCCCACCCAUUGUUCUACGACCACCAGUUACGGUUCGAACAAGAAGACCCGCCACGUGAUGCCCAACGGCUACAGGCGAUUCCUCGUCAACAACACGCGCGAGCUCGAGCUCCUGUUGAUGCACAACGGCUCGUACGCCGCCGAGAUCGCCCACGGCGUUUCGUCCCGCAAGCGCGUCGAGAUCGUUGAGAAGGCUCGUGUCGUAAGUUGGCAAUCGACGUAUGGCAUCUACGCGGGUGAUGUGGUCCUGAUUUCGAGUGCCGUUUUGUUGCGUACAGUUGGGCGUCAAGUUGACCAACGGCAACGCUCGCGUCCGCACCGAGGAGGCAUAA